AUGAGGGUUCUCCAAACCUCCUUCGUAUUUCUCGCAGCAUGGGGUGCUAGUGGUUCUGUUAUAGAGCGUCAAAGUAAGGGUGGCUUCGAAGACGGCCAGCCGAUUGACGGUAACGGAAAGGGUGCACCAUUCUCAGGUGGGACGAACCAUGCCCUUGACCUCCAGAAUCCAGACAAUCUUGGUCAGCAAAGCACCGAUAAUGGUGUCGUGCCAAACCUCAAGUGGAGCUUUUCAGACUCAAAGACGAGGAUUUUGAGAGGCGGCUGGGUUCGAGAACAGGUUGUCACAGAUCUGCCUAGCAGCAAACAGAUCUCAUCUGCUCAGCAGCAUUUGACUAAAGGCUCAAUCCGGGAACUGCAUUGGCAUCGAGUGGCUGAGUGGGGGUAUGUUUAUGCUGGAUCAAUCUUGGUUUCGGGAGUAAACCAGGACGGUCAAUUCGAAGUUGCCAAGCUCGAUGAAGGAGAUGUUUGGUACUUCCCUAAGGGUGUAGCUCAUACUGUCCAAGGUCUUGAGGACGAAAACGAAUUCCUCUUAAUAUUUGACGACGGUGAUUUCGAUGCCGUGGGGACAACUUUCAAUGUGGACGAUUGGAUCACACAUACUCCAAAGUCGAUUCUUGCUAAGAACUUUGGACUUCCUGAGUCUGUCUUUGGUUCAGUGCCGUCUCCAAAUCCGUAUAUCUCUAACGGGACUAUUGACUACCAUAACGUGACUGGUGGCAAUGGUGAGCUCACUGGUAAUGCCUCAUUCGCCUAUUACUCGAAAGACCAUCCUCUAGAAAAAGUUCCCGGAGAAGGCGGUACACUUCGUAUAGUUGACUCGAAAACAUUUCCCAUUGCGACGACGAUAGCCGCUAGUAUUGUCACCCUUAAGCCUGGUGGUCUGCGAGAGCUGCACUGGCAUCCAAACGCCGAAGAAUGGCUUUACUUCCAUAAAGGUCAAGGACGCGCGACCGUGUUUAUAGGUAGCGCCGCUGCUCGGACCUUUGACUUCAGAGCUGGAGAUACCGGCGUGUUCCCGGACAAUAGCGGGCAUUACAUAGAGAAUACUUCGGAAACCGAGGAAUUGGUAUGGAUCGAGAUAUACAAGAGUGAUCGAGUCGAAGAUAUCUCCCUGACCCAGUGGCUCGCUUUGACGCCAGCGGGCAUUGUAGCUACAUCUUUAAACAUUCCGCUCAACGUGGCAGAAAACUUGCAGAAGGAGAAGCAAGUCCUCAUCAAGGAUAGGUGA